AAUUAUAAAAUACUGUCAGUAGUCAGUAGUCAGUUUGCCCACAAACGCUUCGGCAAUCGGUUUGUGCGCUAAAUUUUUUAUUAUUUAAAUAAAUAUAAAUUAAAAUUUUUUUUUUCAAUUAAUUAUAAAUUUUGCUGCAGUUUACUUGUGUCUAGGCAGCUAAAGUUCGAAAUUAUAAAUAAUUCUCAUAUAUAUGUAUGAAAAUAUUUAUAUAUAUUUUUAAAUUUGUGAUUUUUUUUUAAUUUUACUCCCUUAUGAUAUUUUUGGACAAAGGAUUUUUUUUAUGAGAUCGCGGUCGCAAAAGCGACAAUGAUUAUUUUCAAUUGAUCGUUACUGUAAUUCAUGAAUGGAUGGAGGAUCGACGGAGAAUAUUAAUAGAGAUUCGAUGGAGGAUUUGGGAUGUCUGGAAAAUUUAAACAAUCCAUCAAAUUCAUUCAUCAUCGGAGCAAUAAUAUGGAGCUUAUUAUUAUUAAUAUCAUUUUUAUUAAAUGCAACACUACUAUUAGCAUUUAUAAAACGUCCUGGUUUACGUACCAUAUCAAACAGAUUUGUGAUGAAUCUGAGUGCUUCCAACUUAUUAGCAAUCGGUCUACUCCACCCGCUGUUGAUAACCGACCGAGCAGCGCCAUCUUCCAUCCACUGUACCCUAGCCGAGGGCGCCACAGCUCUAGUAACGACAUCUUCCAUCUUCUCAGUCCUCCUGAUCGCAAUCGACCAAUACCUCGCCGUAAUCGAUCCUCUCCGUUAUCGCACGCGGAUCGAUAACCUCAAGUGCACCGUAUUAAUAAUAUUAGUCUGGCUUCUUUCCGUCGCCAUAUCCCUUCUCGCUAUUUUCAACGCCAACAACAACGCCACCUACACCUCCAACGAAUACACUAAUCAACCCAGUCUCUGGCUAAGUUGUCAGUCUGACUUACCGACUGCUAAUAAAUCUGUUUUACCGACCGUCGGUCCCCUUUCGUCUUUACCAUCCCCACCCUCAUCAUUUAUUACUUAUAAUUUAAUUUAUACAACAAUAUAUAUUAUUAUUAUUUAUUUAGUACCAUUUAUAACAAUAAUAUGGAUAUAUAUUUGUAUAUAUACCGCAGCACACAAUAAUUCUGAACGAACACGACGUACCGGCUCACGGCCAAUACUUACCGUCACAAACUACCUUACCGACGAUGAUUAUUUGCCAUUACGUCAUGAUAAUGAUAUUAAUAGAAUUAGAAAUAUAUCUAGUCUCUCGUCAAUUGACGAGAGUAUUGAGAUAACUAGUCAAUUACAAAGACAUUUGUCACCUUCACCGAUUAUUGAAGAAGAUAUUAAUUUUAAUAAUAAUAGUAAUAGUAUAGAAGAAGUAAAAGAAGAACUGAGACCUGUUAUUUUUACUGUUGGAUCUCAUAAUAAUGAUAUUACAAUGCAAUUUAAUGAUAAUACCAAAGAAAUUAUCGAGUACGAUGACCAUGUGAUCGAUUGUCAACAAGAUGGCGGUCGAUGUAGCAGUAGAGGGCCUCGAGAUCCCCGGCCGUAUGGUUGCCAUGCGGAAACAAGUGGGGAAAUUAGUGGUGGGGAUGAAGCUGAAGAAGAUGGCGACUGGGAGAAAGAAAAUGGCAGCCGAUAUGGCAGUAGGCAACGAGAUUCUCGGCCAUAUGGCGGCCAUUUGGAGAUGGAUUGUGAGGAAGGUAGUGGGGGAACUGCGUAUGGCCAGGAAAAAAGUGGGGGUGAAUAUGGCACUGAUGGAGUUGAUCGUCUGCCAUAUAGUGGCCAUAUUGUGGAAAAUGGAAGUGAGGAUGAGGAUUGUUUGGAAAAAAUUGAGGCAGAAAAUGAAAGAAGUCGGGGAUAUGGUAGCCAUAUUGAAAGUAGGGCUUAUGGCGAUAAAACGCCAUAUAUUGACCAUGGGCAAACGGGUAAAUUAUAUGGCAGCCAUAUGGGGGAGAAGACUAAUGGCGAUAAGUGGACAUAUAUUAACUGUGCUAAUGAGGUUGAUAGCAAGGAACAAAAUGGCGGCUGCAGCACUCAAUAUGGCCAAUAUUCAAAUCAAUAUGGCACCAUGAAUAAUGACAAUGGUAUAGAAAAUGACUUACGUAUCUGUAAUCAAAAUGGCGGACAUGAUAUACCAGAUGGAAUUUCACAUGGCCAACAAUAUGGCAGCCAUUUAAACCAAUAUGGCACCGAGUACGGCACCAUAGAUCAUGGAAAAUUCAAUGAAAAUGACUUACGGAUCGGUAAUCAAGAUAGUGGACAUAUCUUACAUGGCAAACAAUAUGGGCACUGUUUUGGUCAAUAUGGCAUUGAAAAUGGCACCAUAAAUAAUGACAAUUUCAUGGAAAAUGACUUACAGAUCUGUAAUCAAAAUGGCGGACAUGAUUUGCCAAAUGGAAUUUCACAUGGCCAACAGUAUGGCAGCCAUAUAAAUCAAUAUGGCACUAUGAAUGAUGAAAAAUGUAUCGAAGAAGGUUUGGGAACCAGUAAUCAAAAUGGCGGGCAUGACCUACAUGACAAACAAUAUGGUGACUGUUUACAUCAAUAUGGCAACGAGUAUGGCAGCAUAAAUAAUGGAAGAUUCAUCGAAGAUGACUUACAGACCAGUCACCAAGAUGGCGGCCAUGACAUACCAGACGGUAUUUUACAUGGACAAGAUUCGAACCAAAAUGGCGGACUAAUGCCGCCAAAAUUGAACCCGAAUCCUCGUCACGGUACUCGUUCGACUGCAAAUUACAUAAAUUCUCUUCGUCACCGCAUAAGUAACGGAUCAUUAUUCAAAUACCGCGAGGAAACGCGAGCUGCGCGUAUCAGCGCGUUGGUAAUCGUCAUGGGUUUCGUCUGCUGGACGCCAUUUUUCUCGAUCGUGGUGAUGAAAAACUUAACCGUAAAUCUGUUGAACCAUAAGAUCGACUUGUUGGGUAUCGGGUGCUUUGUUUUGGGGACGAUAGUGUCGCCCAUGUUGUUCGGUUACCGAUCGCGGAGGGUAAAAAGGGAACUCAGGAAACUGUUUUGCUUCAGGCGGGAGCUUGCGUACAAAAACAAUCGAAGUCUGAUGGCCAAGAAGGUGCUGAGGCGGAGGCACAGUUCCAAUUGGGGGGUCGACGGGCUGACAGACAAAGGGGGAAAGUUAGGCGGGUUCUGGAAUUUCUACGCCCGGGGCAAGUUGGGCAAAGACUGCGGCAGUAGAGUUCAGUUUGUUCACGUUCCCGAGACGGCGCUGACUGUCGACACCUGCCGAAGCUCCUUCUCCAGCGGAGCUAGUACUCAAGUAUCCAGUACUUCUACCGACGAUAGUUAAAUUUAAUUUCUGUUUUACCGACCUCAUUUUUUUACAAAAUCGUCUACCCUAAAAAUUAUCGUAUAUUUAUACUUUGUCUGUAAAUAUCUCGGAGAAUUUUGAAGAUACGUAAAAAAUUAUAGAGCACUUUUUUGUAGGAAAUUUAACGCUCUACAAAAAUGGUCCUUAGCAAUUUUAUCAUAACUUCAAUAUUUAACGAGAUAUUUGUCAUCUGAAAAUUGUAAUCUCAAAUGAAUUAAUUAAUUUAUAAUUUUUUUAAUCUGAUAUUUUUUUGUGAGCAAAAAAAUGAAUUUUUGAAAAUUGAAUUUUUUUCUACUUUUUUACAAAAAAAAAUGGCGACGUAUUUUUAUUUAUUUUUUUUAAUUAUUGUAAGAAUGAUUUUUUUAAAUCAUCGAAAAUUGUAAAUAUUUGCAUUUCAUGACAAAAAAAAAUUAGUC